AUGUAUUUCACUUUCAUUAGCAUACUUACUGUAGGUUUUGGCGACUUCCGACCAUCGGCUCACAACAUUUGGACGACGUUGGCAGUGGUUCUGGGUGGAGUGAUCCUAACCACUAUGUGCAUGGAUGUCGUAGGACGAAUGUAUCUCAAAGAAAUUCACUAUCUUGGACGAAAACUCAAGAGCAACAAUCCCUUCUAUCUUAUUAGAGAGGCAAAAGCAAGGUAA